CUUCCUGCAUCCCCCCCUCCCCCGCCGCGGAUCCUGGCCGCCGCUGUCCAGACCCAGGAUGCCGGGGGGCAAGAGAGGGCUGGUGGCACCGCAGAACACAUUUUUGGAGAAUAUCGUCAGGCGCUCCAGUGAAUCAAGUUUCUUACUGGGAAAUGCCCAGAUUGUGGAUUGGCCUGUAGUUUAUAGUAAUGAUGGUUUUUGUAAACUUUCUGGGUAUCAUCGAGCUGACGUCAUGCAGAAAAGCAGCACAUGCAGUUUUAUGUAUGGGGAAUUGACUGAUAAGAAGACCAUUGAGAAAGUCAGGCAGACUUUUGACAACUACGAGUCAAACUGUUUUGAAGUUCUUCUAUAUAAGAAAAACAGAACCCCUGUUUGGUUUUAUAUGCAAAUUGCACCUAUAAGAAAUGAACAUGAAAAGGUAGUCUUGUUCCUAUGCACUUUCAAGGAUAUUACAUUGUUCAAACAGCCAAUUGAGGAUGAUUCAACAAAAGGUUGGACAAAAUUUGCUCGAUUGACACGGGCUUUGACAAAUAGCCGAAGUGUUUUACAGCAGCUCACACCAAUGAAUAAAACAGAGGUGGUCCACAAACACUCAAGAUUAGCUGAAGUUCUUCAGCUGGGAUCAGAUAUCCUUCCUCAGUAUAAGCAAGAAGCGCCAAAGACGCCACCACACAUUAUUUUACACUAUUGUGCUUUUAAAACUACCUGGGAUUGGGUCAUUUUGAUUCUUACCUUCUACACCGCCAUCAUGGUUCCUUACAAUGUUUCCUUCAAAACGAAGCAAAACAACAUAGCCUGGCUGGUGCUGGACAGUGUGGUGGAUGUUAUUUUCCUCGUUGAUAUUGUUUUGAAUUUCCACACAACCUUUGUGGGGCCUGGUGGAGAAGUCAUUUCUGACCCCAAACUGAUAAGGAUGAACUAUCUCAAAACUUGGUUUGUGAUUGAUCUGUUGUCUUGUUUACCUUAUGACAUCAUCAAUGCCUUUGAAAAUGUAGAUGAGGGAAUCAGUAGUCUCUUCAGUUCUUUGAAAGUGGUGCGUCUCUUACGACUGGGCCGUGUUGCUAGGAAACUGGAUCAUUACUUAGAAUAUGGAGCAGCAGUCCUUGUGCUCCUGGUGUGUGUGUUUGGAUUAGUUGCCCAUUGGCUGGCUUGCAUCUGGUACAGCAUUGGGGACUACGAGGUCAUCGAUGAGGUCACAAACACCAUCCAAAUAGACAGUUGGCUCUACCAGCUGGCCUUGAGCAUUGGGACUCCAUAUCGAUACAAUUCCAGUGCAGGGAUAUGGGAAGGAGGGCCCAGCAAAGAUUCACUCUACGUGUCCUCUCUCUACUUUACCAUGACAAGCCUUACAACCAUAGGAUUUGGAAACAUAGCUCCUACCACAGAUGUGGAGAAGAUGUUUUCGGUGGCCAUGAUGAUGGUUGGCUCUCUCCUUUAUGCAACUAUUUUUGGAAAUGUUACCACAAUUUUCCAGCAGAUGUAUGCCAACACCAACCGAUACCAUGAGAUGUUGAAUAAUGUGCGAGAUUUUUUAAAACUCUAUCAGGUCCCCAAAGGCCUUAGUGAACGAGUGAUGGAUUAUAUUGUCUCAACAUGGUCCAUGUCAAAAGGCAUUGACACAGAGAAGGUUCUGUCCAUCUGUCCCAAGGACAUGAGAGCUGAUAUAUGUGUCCAUCUAAACCGAAAGGUUUUUAAUGAACAUCCUGCUUUUCGAUUGGCCAGCGAUGGGUGUCUGCGCGCCUUGGCAGUAGAGUUCCAAACUAUUCACUGUGCACCCGGAGACCUCAUUUACCAUGCUGGAGAAAGUGUGGAUGCCCUCUGCUUUGUGGUGUCAGGAUCCUUGGAAGUCAUCCAGGAUGAUGAGGUGGUGGCUAUUUUAGGAAAAGGUGAUGUAUUUGGAGACAUCUUCUGGAAGGAAACUACUCUUGCUCAUGCAUGUGCCAAUGUCAGGGCACUGACAUACUGUGACCUCCACAUCAUCAAGCGAGAAGCUUUGCUCAAAGUCCUGGACUUUUAUACGGCUUUUGCUAACUCGUUCUCAAGAAAUCUUACCCUUACUUGCAACCUAAGGAAACGGAUCAUAUUCCGUAAAAUCAGUGAUGUGAAGAAAGAGGAGGAAGAGCGUCUCAGGCAGAAGAAUGAAGUCACCCUCAGCAUCCCUGUGGACCACCCGGUCAGGAAGCUCUUCCAGAAGUUCAAGCAGCAGAAGGAGCUGCGGAAUCAGGGCUCAACGCAGAGUGACCCAGAGCGGAACCAGCUGCAGGUGGAAAGCCGCUCCUUGCAAAACGGAGCUUCCAUCACGGGCACCAGUGUGGUUACCGUGUCCCAGAUCACACCCAUUCAGACGUCUCUGGCCUAUGUGAAGACCAGUGAAUCCCUCAAACAAAACAAUCGCGAUGCCAUGGAACUCAAACCCAAUGGCGGUGCUGAUCCCAAAUGUCUCAAAGUCAACAGCCCAAUAAGGAUGAAGAAUGGAAAUGGGAAAGGAUGGUUGCGACUAAAGAAUAACAUGGGAGGCCACGAGGAGAAAAAAGAAGACUGGAAUAAUGUCACAAAAGCUGAAUCCAUGGGGCUAUUGUCAGAGGACCCCAAGAGCAGCGAUUCAGAGAACAGCGUGACCAAAAACCCACUAAGGAAAACAGAUUCGUGUGACAGUGGGAUUACAAAAAGUGACCUUCGUUUGGAUAAAGCGGGUGAGGCACGAAGUCCAUUGGAGCACAGCCCCAUUCAGGCAGAUGCCAAACACCCUUUUUACCCUAUCCCAGAGCAGGCCUUACAGACCACACUGCAGGAAGUCAAACAUGAACUCAAAGAGGACAUUCAGGUACUGAGCUGCAGAAUGACUGCGCUGGAAAAGCAGGUGGCAGAGAUUUUAAGAAUCCUCUCAGAAAAAAGUGUUCCCCAGACCUCUUCUCCCAAGUCCCAAACACCACUCCAGGUACCUCCCCAAAUACCGUGUCAAGACAUUUUUAGUGUUUCAAGGCCUGAGUCACCAGAAUCUGACAAAGAUGAAAUACACUUUUAAUAUACAUAUAUAUAUUUGUUAAUAUAUUUAAAAAGUAUAUACAUCUAUAUACAUAUGUGUGUAUAUAUAGUAUAUACAUAUAUUUUCACUUGCUUUCAAUAUGAACACAAUAAGGAUUUUGAUAUGUAAAUAUUGCAUGUCCAGCUGGAUUCUGGCCUGCCAAAGAAGAUGAUUAUUAAAAACAUAGAUAUUGCUUGUAUAUUAUGCAGUUGAUUGCAUGAACAACUUACAUUUAUCUAUUUUAUAAUUUUAAAAAGGUAUGUUUUUUUUUCUUUUGUUAACCACAGCAGUGUCAAAUUUGAAGAAUCAGGGUCCAAUCUGCCAAUGUUGCCACGAUAAAUCUGAUCUCAGGCUGAGUAUAUAAAGCUAUCAUUUCCUCACUAUUCUCUUAAGUUGAAUUACAGAUUUACAUUAAAGAGGAGUACCGUUUUAUGAUCUCUUUCCUUAGGAUAUGUUUCUGUAACUUAGGAUAUUUUUCCCAAUGGGCUGUGGUUGCUCCACUCAGACUGUUUUGUUGACCAAGUCAGAUAGCUUUGUGAGAUUUUGAGAACAUACUGCUAUGGGUUUUGUGCAUGAAUUGCAUUUUUGCUCUCAACUAUACCUCUCCUUUUUUUGACAUUAUACUUAGAUAGAGAUCAUUAACUCUGAUGCAAGGAAAUCCUGUCUCCCUCUGUCUUGAAGAACAGCUGAUUUUAUCCACCCCAUAAAUAUUGAACUACUAACAUAGUGUAUAUUAUUAUAGAAAUACUGCACCACAGGGUAAAAAGACCUUAACAACUGAUGUUAGAGAUGCUGGUUUUUCCAAAAGUGAUGUAUAUUCUAAAAUUGUGUUUCUAAAUCUCAUUAAAAGGUGAAGGUAAUGACUUAGCAAAGAAACAAAUACACUUAGUGCAUUUAAGUAACCAUAUCAAAAUUUAACUCUCAUGAAUGUGAUAUAAAAAGGAUGUAAACCCUGCUCAAGCCCCGGCUCCCCACCUUCAGAGGAGUCACUUCAUAAGCAGUGAAGCAAGUCUGCAGGUGUCUAUCUUUCUCUCCCCCUCUCUGUCUUCUCCUCCUCUCUCCAUUUCUCUCUGUCCUAUCCAACAAUGACAACAUUAGUAACAAUAAAACAAGAAGGGCAACAAAAGGAAAUAAAUGAUACUUAAAAAAAUUUAAAAGGAUAUAAACAGAUACGUUUUACAACAUAUCUGUAAUAUGCAAAGAAUGAAAAAUAGGUACAGAACUGUUCACACAUGAUUUUUUACUGUUCAUAGAGAUAACAUGUGAAACAUGGUUUUCCAAAGCUAACCAAGAAGUAGAUGUUAAAUUGUUCAACUCAGAUAACCAAUUUUCUAUACUUUUAUCCUAGUUAUAAUUUUCUAAAGCUUUUUUGCACACAGUUCAACUACUGUAUUUCUGCUGAGUUGGAUGCAGUAGACUAUUGUGACUCAGGCAGAUACUUAUAUGAAAGGAGGAUACUAAGGCUGAGUUUCAGUCUUUUAAGUCACAAGUUCUUUUUAUAGAAAGUGCCUAUUAUCAACUGAAAAAAAAAUUCACAAGGCAUUGUGUUAGCAAGUUCCACAAGUGAAAAACCUAGAAGAUUUUGUCUUUUGACUAGAGUAAAUUUUCUGAAGAUGAUCACAGGAGAACUAAUUUUAAACUGGCACAUGCAUUAAAGUUCACUGGUGAGAUCUGAGUUACGAGUGUUUGCAGCAAGUUCAAAAUAUAUACCACUAAUUUAUUUAUUACCAGAUAUCUAUCUGUGUACAUAUAUCAGCAAGAUGACAGGAGGGAAAGUCCAAAGAAACUGUUUGGGGGGAUUAAACCCAUUUUUGUGAGUUUUUCCAGUUAUCUUCCAGCAUUCUUAAGCAAAAUUGUCAAAACAUAAAAUCAAGUGAUUUCAAUCAGAGUGGAGAAGUGCAAACCAAAGUCAAUGGUAUUUUAAAAUUUCUAUUUGAAUUUAUUUGUAUGCCCACUAUGUCUCCCUUGUUUUAGGAGUCUCAGAGCACAUAUUUUGUGACAUGGUUCACAUUCUCAUUUCUUUGUACCUGUAAACUUUCAUUACCUGUUAUGAAAAUUUUUAUGGUAACAUGUUUCCAUGGAAUGCUUCAAAAAAUGCCUGCCAUAGACACAAGAAAAUGAGGAAUCAUUGUAUGACAACUUUAGUCUUGAAGUUGGGCUUUUGCUAGUUUCAUGCUGGAAAUUUUCCCUUUAUCAUGACCUCUGGCAUUUAUUGAAUUCAAGAAUACUUUUCCAUUUAAUCAUAUAUGGUACAAGUUUGGCUAAGAUUUUAAAGAUGGAUAACUGGUAAAAAAAUAAUUUGAGUACAGAAUGAUUACAUGCUUAGAAGAUAACAGUUGUCAGAGAAUGAGUGCAGAACAGAAGAGUGGUUUGAAGUUUCAGUCUGCACCACUGUUUAUUAGCGGUACAAAUAUUAGCUUGUUCCAACAUGAAUGCAGAGUUCAGAGGUUUUGUAUAUAGAUAUAUGGGCUAUAAUGGCAUGGUUUUGACUUACUCCAGAUCUUUAGAAUGGAAGAAAUUAUCAGUAGCGUAUGUAUGGUGCAGUUAUCACAAUAUUUUUUUCCAAUCACUUCUGUUCCUGUGUGCAUGACAUGAUGAAGUGCUGAAUGCACGUUGCUGUCUUCAGACGGAAUGCAUGUGUUCAGCAAGCACUGUACAUAAAGUAGUUUUUUAGGUUCCCAGAUUACACAAUUUUUAUCAGUCAAAUUUGAGUAAAGGGUGAGCACUUGCUUACAAUAAUGCAAUAAUGACACAAUUUUGUUCUGUGUUGCCUCAGCCAGCACAUAGACAGUAGAUUCUCUUUUGGGGGACCAAGUGACCCGCAUGCUUUAUUCUUACACUGUAUAGAUGCUCUUGGUGCAUCCAACAUAAAAUUUUUACUAUAUUUCUGAACAAUGUAGUAAUAAUAGACAUAAAUAGAUAAUGUAUUUAAGACCUGGACAUUUUCCAAAGCAUACAUACCUUAAAAAUUAUUUUCUAAAAUAUAAAUCAGAUGCUGGACCCUUGACAGGAGCUUGUAAUGUAAUCUCAGAAGUCAAGCAAAUAUGGAAAUCUGAGCUGUACAUCAUAACAGCGGCUUUUAGGCUCUACCAGAAUAUAACUGCACUAACUAUGAUGUAGUAGAUAAAGGAGCUAAUGACAGACAGUAAAUGCAUACACAAAAAUGAUGACAAUACCAAAGUUAAUAGUAUUGCUCAGUGAUAUAAAUAGUACAUAGAAUGGCUCAGGAAUGAGCAUUGAAUAAAUUCACUUGUUUCACUGUUAACAUGAAAAAUUCUAUGAGAUACUAAUUACAUCACAUUAAGUGUGACUACAAAUAUUGUAAGAAUCCAGUUGAAGUUAUGUAGAUGA